AUGAUUCUCCUUAGUAAAAAAAAAAAUGUAAAAGGGUUUCUUAAUUACUGCAAAACCAAAUGUUAUAAUUCAUUAAUUAAUAAAAAUGAUGGCAUAUUCAGAAAAAAGAUAGUUCAUAAUAAUUUAUAUUAUGUAAAAAAAGUUUCAAAUGUUUUUUUAGAACUAAUAAAAUCAUCUUUUAAUAAAUUUAAGGAAAAAAAUUUAAAUAAUGAAACACCACAAUUAAAAAAGGUGUUAGAGUUUUGUGAAAAUAACAAUUUAAUAUAUACAGAAAGUUUAUAUAAAGAAAUUUUAAUGUGUAUGAAUGUUUUGCAUUAUAAAGAUGAAAAAGUAGAUAACGAGUUAAAUUAUUUACGCAAUUAUUUUAAAAGUAAAAAAAGUGAUAUAGAUCCAUUCACAUUAUGUGAAAACAAAAUAAAAAAAGUUGAUGAAUAUAUAUACAACAUUAUUAAGACAAAUUAUAAAAAUAUUGAUGAAUAUACGACAUACAUUUAUUUAUGUCAAGGAAAAAAAUUUCGAAUAAUUGUAGGUAUUUUGUUGAAAAACAUAUUAUCCUAUGUUGAUAGUUCAUCUUCAAAGAAUAAUUUUAAAUAUCAUAACAUUCAGAGAAACAAAUACAAAUCAUAUAUAAAUAAAAAUUAUAUAUCAAAAAAAAGAGCAAUGAUGAAUUCACCAAACCAUAUCUCAAAAGAGCAGAUAAAUGAAAAUCAAUAUAAAAUUAUUGCCGCAUCAGAAAUUGUUCAUAUGGGAUCCCUGUUACAUGAUGACGUAAUUGAUGAAUCAGAAAAAAGAAGAGGAAUUUUAACAUUACAUAAAAAAUAUGGAAAUAAGAUAUCAAUUUUAUCAGGAGAUUUCUUAUUGGCUCGGGCAAGUUCAGUUUUUGCAGAUAUAGGGAUCCCAAAUAUAUGUAGAAGAUUUGCUUAUGUAGUAGAAAGUUUAAUAAAAGGAGAAUUUUUACAAAAAAAUUUAAGGUUUAAUAAUGUAGAAGAUGCACUUAAAAUUUAUUUAAUUAAAUCAUAUCAUAAAACAGCAUCCUUAUUCUCUCAUUUAUUUGCUUGUAUAGCUAUAAUUUCCUUUAAAAAUGAAAAUAUCAUUCAAUUAUGUUUUAAUUUAGGUCUUCACAUAGGUAUGGCAUUUCAAUUAUAUGAUGAUUAUUUAGAUUAUAAAGUAAGUGAUGAUAAAAAAAAACCUUUAUUAAAUGAUAUAAAGAAUAACAUAAAAACUGCUCCUUUAUUAUUUAGUUAUAACUAUAAUCCAGAUGUUAUAUUAUCAUUAAUUAACAAAACAUCUUUUUCUAACAAUGAUAUUGACAAUAUUUUAUUUUAUAUCAAUAGUACUAAUAGUAUGAAAAAAAAUGAAUUGUGCUCUUUAUUACAUAUAAAAAAAGCAUCUGAUAUUUUAUCAUUAUUAGUUUCUCAUUGUAGAACUAAUAGCAAUAAUGAAAAAAAAAAAAUAAAUGAGCAUAAAGAAGCUUUAAUCAAUUUAAUUUUUAAUAUUCUAACCAGAAAUAUUAAAUAA